CUCUGCACCCACCUCCAAGUUCAGGGCGUGUCUGCGGCCCUCGGGGGCCCCAGCCCCUCUCCUCAGCCAGCCCCCUCCUCCCAGCCCUGCUGGGAGCUCUGUCCCUUCCCGGAUGACCGCAGCCCUCCACACCGGAGCCCUGGCCGUGCUAGCCCCCUCCCAGGGCCCGUUCGAAUGGACGGCCCUCUCUGCCCCUCUGGCCAUUCCCAGGAUGGGGCUGCCCGCUCAGUGUUUGGAGGCAGCAGACGUGACUCCCCGCCAUGUGCAGAGCCCGGAGGCCGGCAGGGAGGACGAUCUGCUCCCGAUGACUGCCCCAGCCCUGCCCAGCUGAGCCCCGGGGACUGGGACACAUGCCCGUGUGUCCACACCGUGAAUGACUGUGACCCUGCGCGUCCUCGGUGCCUGCGUAUGUGCAUGUGCAGUGUAUUCACGUGGCCGGUGGCCUGUCCACUCUGAGUGGUCUGUGAGCCUUGUGUGCCUGGGCCCCCUGCAAUCUGGCAGCUGCCCGGCUCUGUUCCGAGGUGGCCCAGCCGCACCGAGGUGGUCUCUCCGGGUGCUGCGUGAGGAGGGUUCGGUAGGAGCCCUGCACGCUCGUGUGCACGCACUCGCCGAGCCCCGGCCGAGGCACGCGCUGGGGCGGUGGACGGCCCAGGUGGCAGCCCAGAUGGACCACGGAGUGGCUUCUGAGCAGGCGAGCGGGGUGUGGGGAGAGGAGGGUCUUGGCCAAGCUCGGUCGCGGCAGGCUCAGCCGCCGACCUGCCGGCAGCCACCCAGAUGGAGCCGGGCUGAGCAGGUGGCCAUGCCGUGGGGCCAUGCCGGACAUCCACGCCCCUCAGCCUGGCCUGGCCCGCGAGGGGUGACCCUCCCAGAGACCGCAGUGCCCAGGGACACCCUUCAGAGCAGGGACGUGCUGUGUCAACAGGCUCUUAAAGCUUCUGCUGUUCCUCAUCUCAGCUGCCCCGGGAGCAGGGGUCUCGGGGGGUGGAGUGAGACAAGGAAGGGCCGCAUCCCCAGGAGUGAGUCUGCUCAUACUUGGCUUCCUCCAGUCACUCACCAGUGCCCCCAGGGUAGACGGAGACCCAGGCUCUGCCGGCGUGGGGCAGAUGGGUGUGGAUGGAGUCACCCCAGAAUUGGGCCUGCCGGGGACUGGCCAACAUGUACGUAAGGUCAACCAAGAAAGUACAGGACUUAAAUUUCGGAUAAAUAACAAACAAUUUUUUAGUGCCCAAAUGUUGGCUUGGCCAUACUUACACUAAGAAAGCAUUUGCUGUUUGCCUGAGUCCCGUUUCCCCGUUUUUGUGUGCUGACUGUGUCUGCUGACCCUCCAGGAAGGCUGGCAGGGAGGCCUGCUGGUCUGGACAGCAGAGGCCAGGAAGGCGGAGGGCCGCUGUGGUGAUGGGGCGGGGAGGGGUCGGCUAGGGUGCCGGCGCUGACGCAGGCCCCAUCCGCAGGUGGCAUGGGGCCGGGGCCCACCCGCUAGCCGCCGCCAUGUCCCGAGAGGCCGGCUCCUGCCGCCUGGGCCCCGGGGCGCGCGCCCGGGCGCGGAAGCCCAAGAAGCCGCACUACAUCCCGCGGCCCUGGGGCAAGCCCUACAACUACAAAUGCUUCCAGUGCCCCUUCACCUGCCUGGAGAAGUCCCACCUCUACAACCACAUGAAGUACAGCCUCUGCAAGGACUCGCUGUCCCUCCUUCUGGACUCCCCUGACUGGGCCUGUCGCCGCACCCCGGCCACGUCCCGGCCUCCCGUGGCCAGCCCGGGCCGUCCCGCGGAUCCCUUGGCCCCAGCUGACCCUGGCGCCCGGCCCCGAGGGGCGCGGCUCCCGGACGCCCCCACCACACCCGACCUGGACCUCACGGCCGCCGAUGUCCUCUCCCUGCGCCGCCAGGUCGGGGGCCCCCGGCAGGGGGCUGAGGGCUCCUCCCCAGGGACACCACCCCCUGAGGCCGGGGACAUGCAUAAGGGUGCGGGCCUGGAGGGCCUCCUGGCUGAGUCGUGGAAGUCAGGGUUGGGCGGGGGCCGGAGGAGUGCGGCCGUGGUGGGCGCCAUGGGCCCCGAGACCAGUGUUCCCUGCUAUCCCCCGCCCAGCUCCGGGGAGCUCCCCGAGGCCCAGAGUCUCCACCUGUCCCUGCUGGGUGUCAACUACCCUCUUGGCCCAGGCCUCUUUUCCUACCUGGGGCCCUCCCUGGCUGCUGCCGCCCAUGUGCCCUUCCUGGCCUCAGCCAGCCCCCUGCUGCCCCCAGCCGCUGCCUUCCCUGCCCCACAGCCCCCCGAACGCCCCGCCCUGGUCCCCCGCCUGUACUAUCCCCUGCUGCUGGAGCACAGCCUGGGGCUGCCAGCCGGUAAGACCGUCCUUGCCAAGCCCCCUGUGCCCCCAAGAGGGCCACCUGGGGCCCUGGUCCCUGGGCUGCUGAAGGUGCCAGUGCCGGGGCUGGGUGGGCCCUGGCCCCGCAGCACUCUCAGGGACCCUGGGCAGGAAGAGCAGCUGGGGCGAGCGGCCCAGAGUGACCCCAAGAGAAAGCUGGCCCUGGGGGCCCAGCCAGAACCCCUGAAGGCCCCCUGCAGCCGAGCGAGCGUCAGUGCCCAGAGCAGCCUGCGGACCGGCCCCUCCGCGAUGCUCUGGCCCGAAGACGAGGAGCUGAGCGACCUCGAGACCGCUGGCCCCGCGGCCUCCCUGCCCCUGCAGCCACUUGGCUUGGCACUGGGGGGCCCCGGGCACGUGGGCGGGGACCUGACACGGGCCCUGGGCGACUGUGCUAGGGUGGAGCAGCGCCUGGGCCAGCUGGCGCCUGCCGGGGGCCUGGCCCCACGGCCCCUGCGGGAGCAGCUGGGAAAAAUCCGCCGUGAGCUGCUCACCAUCCACCAGGCGCUGGCGCGGGCCACGCAGCCAUCCGACACACCCCUCGACCUCUCUGUGAAGCGGGCGCCCGCCAAGGGGCAUGAGGUGCCCGCGGGGCUGUGGGCGCAGCCGGAGCAGGGCCCCACACUGGCCCGGGGAACCCCGGAGCCACACAGCCUCCUGGCGGCCCAGCCUCUGACCAGCCACACCACCAAGUGUGAGGCCGACUCCAGUGUCCCUCCCCCAGCCCUUCCCCUGCAGGCGUCCGAGGACCCUGUCAUUCCCAGCAGCUGGGGUGCCCAUGGUGGGGCUGGGGGCUCCUGGCCCCCCGAGGCCAUCCCGGGCCUGCAGAGCCCUCCGGGUGCCGAGGUCUGACCACAGCCCCCGCUGCCCCCGCGGUCCUUCCCAGAUGGGUGCCCUCCUCCAGCCCUGCACCCGCUGCCCUGUUCCCCUCCUGCCCCAGCAUGCCCUGGGGACAGACCCCCACCCGCUGUGGCCACGCCUGUCUCUGGGGUCAUGCAGGCACUGCCCAGGGCCCCUUAGUGAGCACGGUUGUGGACAUUAAAACGGAGACCGCCUUCA